UGGGUAAGGUCAGAGCCUCCGCCCACAACUGCAGCGACCUUCGUCGACAUGUACCCAAACUGGAACCUAUUGAAAAACGAGCACUCCAAGACUGUGUUGAACUAUUGGGAGAAACUAUUGCUGAGCUCAGAACAGCCCUCACUGAUCUUUCCCCUAAGAAAUCUGCUUCCAAGCACUACAAUGACAUCCAAACACUUCUCAGUGCCGCAAUGACCAAUGAGGAUACUUGCCUAGAUGGACUCUUCUACAGUACAAAGAAUAACUUAACCCGUUACGUAGAGGACAAUCUGCAUACCAUCGCUCACCACGUCAGCAACUCCCUCGCCAUGCUCAACAAGAUUAAGAGGACAUCAGUAUCUUCUUCUGAAGAAGUGUUUCCCGAGUACGGGGCUAUGAAGAAUGGGUUCCCGAAAUGGCUGAAGAGGCGGGAGAGAGCACUUCUGCAAGUUCCAGUGAAUGAGACCAAGUUCGAUUUGGCGGUGGCAAAGGAUGGCAGUGGUAAUUUCACGACUAUUAACGAGGCCUUAAGUGCAGCAUCCAACUCCACUAACACAAGAUUCGUGAUCUACAUUAAGGAGGGAUCUUACUUUGAAUACGUGGAGGUAGACAAGAAGAAAAACAUGAUUAGACUUUAA